AUGGCCGAUUUGGACCAGCAAAGGACUAAGGAUCGUUUGGAUAGUGAGAGCAAAGGGGCAGAAGUGGUGCAGAAAAGGGUUGAGGCUGAUAAAUUGGGCAAAUCGAAUGGAAGUGAAUCGUCGUCGCAGGUGGAUGAUCAAGGCAGAGCAGUUUCGAGUGAUAUACACGGAGAGGGUGGGCUUGAG